GGAUACAGCUCUGUGGAAAGGAGGGGGCCAUGGUGGGGGAUACAGCUCUGUCUGCUGGGAAACAUCGCUGCACUCAGCUCCGUGCCAGGAGAAGCAUCCCUGCAGUGCUGUCCUGGAAGAGGAGCAGGAGCCAGUGGCUCUCUGACAUCCUGCUCCCGCAGUGCAACACUUCUCCAGCUCAAGCACCCCGGGAAACCUGCACUGCGUGAGGAAAACCAUCCUGACAUCAGCACCGGAGCAAGCUGCCCCCAGCAGGGUGAAAUAGCUGCAGUUUGUUGGCUCCCAGAUGUGUCAGGACUCAGAGCAACCCAGAGGCUGCUGCUCCAUCCUCCUGUGUCUCUGAGCCUGAGGAUCUCCCCAGCAUCUCCCCUCGGGGGACAGGGAGGGGCUGUGUCCCUCUGCUCCCUCCCAGCUCCUUCCUGCACUGCCCUCUGUGACCCAAACUGCCCUUCCCCGUGGCAUUCUGAUCAUGAACUCAGGGAGGGCUGAUUCAUGGCUCUGAAGGGGUUUGCUCAGGGAGAAGUGAUGUCUUUCCUCCCUGGAGAAUCUUCCUCCUUUCCAGAGGCGCUCAGGAGGGUUUUGCAGUGCUGCCUGCAGGGGCUGCAGUUCCUGGUCCCACUGCUGGGGUGGGAAAGUGCCUGAAGUGAGGCAGAUUUUCACUCUUAUAGCAUGGGGGAAAAAAUCCUGUUGUUCCCAGAAACCCAAGGGUUUCCUAACUGCAUUAAUUUCUUACAGCACCAGAUUUUGGCUGUGGAGAGGCCACUCCUGCCUGCCUCUGCUCUGGAUCCACAUCUUGCUCUCACAGACUCAGUUCCUGAGCAGCCCCUGCUCCUCUUCUGUCCCCGUGUCCCCUCCAGACAGACCUGCUGGCACCUUCCCCCUCUGACCCACAGAGCUGCUGGUGCAUCACCCUCAGACCUCAGCUGGGGCUCAGCAUCCUCCUCACCUGCCCUGCCCCCAAAACCCGGGUGCAUCACUAAUUAACACAACUGAUUAGCAGCUCUGGAGGAUGAAGUUUUUACACGCAGGGCAGGGGGCUGCAUUCAGCCCCACUCCCAGCUCAGCACUGUGCUGUAAUUAGGCUGCAAUCCUCACUCAGGAGUGGAAUUGGGGCUGACAGAUCCUGCUCUCUCUGCCCUGGAUUUACAAGGGGGAUGAAGGAUCUCUGGAGAGGGGGGCUGGCUGCAGAGCUGUGGGGGCAGACACGGCUGGGUCAGGGCACAGCAGAGGUGGGUGCUGCGUGUCAGGGCUGGGGAAUGUGCAGCCCCACUGCUUCCUGCUGCCACAGCAGCGUCCUCGGGGUGCCCGUCCCCAGAACAGGGCAGUGCAGGGCAUCCCCCAGGCACAGCAGCAGGGCUGAGCCAGCACUGAUCCCUCUCUGCACCUUGCAGGAGUGGGCGGACGUGUGUUGCAGGGGGCUCCGGAGCGUCCAUGCCUACAUCCUGGUCUAUGACAUCUGUUGCUUUGACAGCUUCGAGUACAUCAAAACCAUCCGCCAGCAGAUCCUGGAAACAAGGGUCAUCGGCACCUCGGAGACGCCCAUCAUCAUCGUGGGCAACAAGCGGGACCUGCAGCGGGGCCGGGUCAUCCCGCGCUGGAACGUCUCCAACCUGGUGAAGAAGACGUGGAAGUGCGGCUACAUCGAGUGCUCGGCCAAGUACAACUGGCACAUCCUGCUGCUCUUCAGCGAGCUCCUCAAGAGCGUGGGCUGUGCCCGCUGCAAGCACGUCCACACCACCAUCCGCUUCCAGGGCGCCCUGCGCAGGAACCGCUGCACCAUCAUGUGAGCCCCCUGCCCAGGGACCCCCGGGCACCCCGGCCGUGCUGGAGCCACCCGGGGGUGACAGCUGGGGACAGGGCAGGGCGAUGCCCAGGGAUGGUGAGGGGUGAGGGAGGUCCUUGGCUGAACCCCUGAGCUCUCUCCAAACCUCCAGCUUGAGGCCAAAGCCAUCCCAGGGGGUGUGCAGGGCACUGGAGGGUGGAGGAGGUGCCUCAGGGGGUGCCCAGAUUUUGGCUGAUGGUUCGUCCUUGCCCUGGCAGCACAGGGGCACUGCCAUCGCCUGGAAGGGAUUAUCCAGCACCUGUAUCCUGCUGUUCUGGGGGUGGUUCUGUCUCUGGGGCAUAGGGAAACAGGAGUCCUGCUUUUCCCCUUGUGGAGCUGGGGUUUCUCCCUGUGGAGGGCAGAGCAGCCAGGUUACAUGAGCUGUCUUUUGGCUCGGUCAGGUCAGAUUUCCAGGUGGAAUUUCUGGAUAAAAGCAAGAAAGGGGAAAAAAAUCUUAAGUCCCAGUCCUGCUGCUGACAUCCCCAGGAGCUGUUCUGCCCUUCCAGGGCUCUGAGCUCCCCUCUGCCCCAGCACAGCCCCGGAAGGCUUCUCCUCCCCCAGCCUGUGAACACCAAAUGAUCUGGGAACGCUCCUUGCCGGGCAGGUCACCCCUUUGCUACCUCUGGUCCUGGGCUCAGCAGGUGACCGGCUCGGCACGGCUCCAGCCCAGCCCCCGGCUGUCCCGGGCAGCCCCUGUGUCACCGGCAGUGCCAGCAGCUCCCACCCCGCCGGGUUUACCCCAGGGAUGUCACCUCCAUCCCGGUGAGACGCGGCCGUGGCAGCAGCAGGGAGCUGGAGCAGCACUUCCAGUUGUGUUCUUGGGUUUAUUUUUUUUUGUCUCUGCAUAUCCCUAAUAGGAAAGUGAGUCCCCAUUUUUAAAUUAUUGUUAUUUUUUAAUCUUCUGGUUUAUGUUUGCAUCAGAAUUGCAGCUCGCCUGCAUCCUGCCCUGCAGGGUGGGUUGGCAAAGGGCAGCCCCUGUUGGGAAUGAUGAUGGGGUGGUGAAAGGCGAGAGGGGAUCAUGGUUUCUCCAUGGCUGGUCCCUGUGAGACACAGGGAAACACCAUCCUCACCUCCUGAGGCAGGAUCUGUGAUCCAUCCUCCAGCAAAUCCAUCUCUGUGAUUCCUGCUGUAGCAAGGAGCUGGAGGGGCUCAGCGCUGCUCUGGGCAGCAAAACAGGACACCCAGCCCUGUCCCCCAGCACAGCCAGGGCCAGGGCCCAGCAGCUCCACUGUGCUCUGGGAAAUGCUUCCCAUUAAAGCAGCUCCAGCUGAGCUCCAGUGCCUCUCACCUCCCCAUCCCUGUGCCAGGGCUGGGAGUUCAUCCUGCUGCUCCCUCCCUGCUUAGGGAAUCAAACUCCUUGAUCCAAAAUUUAAAAAAAAUUAAAAAAAAAAAAGGGAAAAAUUAGGAAAGGCAAUGGGGGGACACGUGUCCAUCUCAGCCAGGAAGGGCAGUGGCUUUUGUCACCAUCCCUCGCCUUCAUGGCAAACCUGGCUCCCCCAUCCAAGCUCAUCCUGUCAGGAUUUAUUAACACAUAUGAGUCCACUUAUCGAUCUCUGGCUAGAGCUUUGUCCCUCCAAAUUGUCUGAGAAGGAAAUUCCUUGGUAAAUGCUAAUAAUAAAGCAUUUAUGGAGUGCUCCGACCUACACAUAUCAACGACUAAGCCAAUACAUUGUUUGUUAUAACCCUGUAGCCUGCAGUUUAUAGCACAAUUAGUUACAGGUUUUUAUAGCAUCUAUUUAGUAUUUUGAAGAAAAAAACAAAAAGGUUAUAAAUAUAAUUGUUAUAUUCUAUUGUACUUUAUAGACAGAGGAAGUUAUAUUAGUAAUAAUAACAACUCUCACUGCUUCGACAGCAUUUCCCAGCUCCCGGGAAAACGAGGGCUACAAGAGCUACUUUCCCAAGAGCCCAGGGAGGGGUGGGUGGUGCUGGUGGCACCCUGGGUGCAGGCAGGGAAUCCCAGGCAGGAAGAUCCGAGGUGUCCAGGCACAGGGAUCAGAGCACACGGCAGCCAGCAGCAGCCGGGAGCGCCCUACUCACACUUUACUACAGAUUUACCACUCACCCAACGCCACCCUGGUCCUGCUGAGAGCAACCUGGGCCUGGCACAGGCUGGCAUGUCCCCAGGGCAGUGCCAGGUUUCUGCCCCCGUGCUCGUGGAGGUGAUGCCUGGGUUCAGUUCAGCCCCACCAAGGAUGCUUCCCUCUCCUCCUCCUCCUCCUGCCCCACUGAGCAUCCCAGUUGCCUGGACUUGGCUUUCCUUUCCCCCCUGGACUCCUUGUUGGAGAUUCCCGAGGUGUCUACACCGCCUGUGACGCCCUGCACCUCCUUCUUUGAAAUUGAAUUAAAAAUCAGGUCUGUCCCCCUUGCUCCGUA